CCAUCCUCCAUCUUGCUUUGAUCCAUCCAGCUACAACCAACCUCCACCUACAACGCGAACCUCACAACACUGCCUACUUAUUUUGACCUUCUCCUCCCACUCAGCUCAACACUCAAAACCAACCUAUGCUAUGACCACCACCACCACCACAUAAAACCCAAUACCGUGAAAAAAUGACAAACCGCCAAACCACCACCCCCUUCCACCUCAAACUCUUCUACCGCGCAAACACCUACCACCCCCUCUCCGACUUCUCCCCUUCGCCCCCCAACAACAACAACAGCAGCAGUGGGAGUGGGGGCACCCUCCCCGCCCACCACCUCCAAAUCUACACCUGGCCGACCUGCUCCCUCCGCGAACUCGCCCACCUCCUGACCGCAACCCUCCCGCACCUCCUCCCGGACCCGCCGAUCGGCACGCGGCUGAGCUUCCGCCUCAUCUACCCGGACACAAAAGGCGCGGCGGCCUUGAAUCUCACCUCCGACACUGUCGGGCGGGGCCGGUAUCUGUCCAAGGAGAUGGGGAGUGUGGUGGUUGCGCCGCGGGGGUAUUCCGAAGACCAUCCGGAGGGAGGGGAUGCAGAGCGCCGGGGGGAGGAGGGGGGGAGGGACCUCGACCACGACCACGGUUCGAGAGCAUCUCGCGCGGCGGGCGGCGGUGGUGGCGGCGGCGGCGGUGGUGGCCUCCGCAUGAGCGGUGCGGAUGCGGAGAAGACGUUGCAGGAUUUCCGGUUCGUGAUUGGGGAUUUUGUGGAUUGUGCGAUUAUCCCCCCCUUGGAGGAUGGGUCGGUUGCGCCGCCGCCCCCGCCGGGUCUUGCUUCCUCUGGGAAUGGUGGGGGUGGUGGCAGUGGGGGUGGGAUGAGGGCGUUCCCGUCGGGAGGGAGGGAGGAGCGGUAUUUUGGGGGAAGGGGGGGACGAGGGGGGAGGGGGUUUGGAGGGAUGGAUCGGGAGAGGGAGAGGGAGAGGAUUCCGCCGGGGGAUUGGAGGCGUGGGGAGAGGUUGCCUGAGGGAGCUGGGGGUGGGCAUGGUCAUGGACAUGGUCAUGGUCAUGGUCAUGGUCACGGGGGGUAUGGGAGGCGGGAGAAUGGCGGUGGUGGGAGGGAGAGGGAGAGGGAGGGUGGACGGAGGGGGUGGAUGCCUUAUUGA